UGUUGUUCUGAGAAAAGUUCAGAGGACCACCGUUUUUUUUCCCUCCAAAAUAUAUGAUUGAUGGGUAGCUUGCACCGGCGCCGGUUAUCCCUAAUAAAAAUGAAAAUUGUAAUAAGGGUUGUUAAAAUGCAUAAAAUGUUGCGUGUGAUUGGAUAACACCUUUAUAAGAUUCCUAAUUGCUGCUUUAGUUGCUGUUUAAGAACAACAGCAGACUAAAUCCUCCGGUCACUGUAACCUUCUCAAACCCUAAAACUGUAACAUCGCUUCGAUUAGCCAAAUCCACUGCCGCCGGUUCAACACAAGACUCGUCUCUCCCUUUAUCGUUGUGUUUAGAAGCUGAUUCGAGGCUUUUAGGGGAAGUGACUGAAAGAGGCUUUGGCAAUAGAUUGGAGUAUAGGUUAGAUUCAGUAGGUACAUUCAAUUAGAAAAAUUAAAGCUUAUUGUAAGAUAUAUAGAGACAAAGAAACGAGGAUUUGCUGGGUGGUUAUGUAACAUAUAUUUAGACAAUUUGCUGGGUGGUUAUGUAACAUAUAUUUAGACAUAUAAAACGGUGUUUUUGCGGGGUGAUCUUAGAUUAUCACUAUUAGUUUGGCAGUGUGUUUGGAGCCUCUGCAUCUUUCUUGUCUAGGAGGUGUUUUUCCAUUUUGGGAUCGGGGAUUGAUGGAUGUAGUAAAUGAUUUUCAUAUGGGAGGAUCAACCAGUACAGAGGAUGUAAAUUUGUCACAGAAGCGGAGGACGCCGAAAAGGAAGAAACAAGAAUUUAAUUCGACAAAGCAGAAUGACAAGAGCAAACGGAAGAAGACAACACAUAAUCCUAUUGAAGGCAAUAAUAGCGGUUGUGGCACCUCAGAGAAUUCUUUUUCACCAAAAGCUUCUGUUCCUGCAUUGGAUAUGCAGUCAGGACAUCCAAUUCAAUGUUUUUCCACUGAUCCAAUAACAAGUCAAUCUUGUGAGGAAGUGGGUUUUUGUCAAGGAGGCCAUGAAGAAAAGGAGCAAAAGAUGAUAAAUGCAACUGCAGAAAAAGCUUCCUCACCUGCAUUGGAUAUGCUGUCAGGACAUCCAAUUCAAUGUUUUUCCACUGAUCCAAUAACAGGUCAAUCUUGUGAGGAAAUGGAUUUUUAUCAGGGAGAUCAAGAAGAAAAGGAACAGAAGAUUAUCAGUACAACUGCAGCAAAAGCUUCCUCCCCUGCAUUGGAUUUGCUCUCAGGACGUCCAAUUCAAUGCUUUUCCACUGAUCCAAUAACAUGUGAAUCUUGUGAGGAAGUGGGUUUUUGUCAGGGAGAUCAUGAAGAAAAGGAACAGAAGACAAUGGAUACAACUACAGAAAAGCAGCAUAACGUUCCAGAAGUAAGCUGCAACCACACUUCUGUUGCAGCAAGUCCGGAGCCUUUUUCGAAAGAGUGUGUGCCAGAAGUUGUAAAAUUGAGUACUGAGCAUAGCAUAAAUGAUAACAUUUCCAACCCGGAGGACAAGAAUAGUUUUGUAAAUGAUACAAGUAUGAUGAAGGAAGAUGUUGAUGACCCAGCAGAUUAUGAAUUGUCCGAUAAAAACAUGUGUUACAAAGCCUGUACAAGGAGACAAAUGGUUGAUGCUGAUUGUAGGAGAAGCAGUGGUGACCAUGCUCCUGAAAGUGCUAACAAGGAACCAACUUUUCAGGAUCGUGACAAGGAUCAUUCACACCAAUUUUCUGAUGGAUCAUUGAGAGUUGGCUUGAUGGGUGGAGAAACAAAACUUUCAUUUGAUCAAGUUACCUCACAUAGUGGAGCUGCAGCUGAGGAAAUAAAAUUGAGCACUGGCAUCAUUGAUGAGAAAAGAUUUAUUACUACUUCUGUUGUAGACAUUCCUGUGGAGCAUCUCGAAGCAGAUGGUAGACAACAGGAUGAUACAGAGAUUACAAGAAGCAAUCUGUGUUCUGCAGGUGAGCAAAUAGAGUUGAACACUGACAAAAUUGAUGAGCAAAGGUCUAUGACUGCCACAUCUGCUGUUGGCAUUCAUGUGGAACAAGUUGAAACUAAUGGUAGACAGCUAGAUCAUGCGGAGAUUACAAGAAAUGAUCUGUGUUGUGCAGGUGAUGUUUCUGAUUUAAGCUUAGACACAGUAAGAGAUGGUCAUUUAAAGAUUUCACAAUUCUCACUAGACAGAAGUGAUUUGGGGAACCCAAAGAAGAAGCUUCUCAUCCUUGAUGUGAAUGGACUGCUUGCUGAUUUUGUCAGUAUCCAUGACACUAGAACAAGAUAUAGACGAGAACGAGAGCCAGAUUUUAUACUGAAAGGGAGAAAAGUCUACAAGAGGCCCUUUUGCGAGGAUUUUCUACAGUUUUGCUUUGACAGAUUUCAUGUAGGAGUAUGGUCUUCUAGAGCCAAGUGCAAUGUUGAUGAAGCAAUCAAAUUUCUUAUGGGGAAAUCUGCAUCCAAACUUCUCUUUUGUUGGAAUCAGUCCCACUGUACUACAACUGAAUUCACUACUGUUGAGGAUAUACACAAGCCCCUUGUGUUGAAGGAACUUAGAAAAUUGUGGGAAAAGGAAGAACCCGAUCUACCAUGGGAGAAGGGAGAGUUUAACGAGUCCAACACAUUAUUAUUGGAUGACUCCCCUUACAAGGCACUAAUGAAUCCUAUGCAUUCAGCUAUAUUUCCUUAUUCUUACCGAUACUUCUACACCAGAGACUCAGAAUUAGGACCAGAAGGUGAUCUUCGGAUUUAUCUACAAGGGUUGGCUUUAGCUGAGAAUGUUAGAAAGUACGUGUCAGAAAAUCCUUUUGGGCAACGGCCAAUAAGAGAAGCAAAUCCAUCAUGGGUUUACUACCGUAGAGUUAUAGAAUCAGUUCAAAAGAAGCGAUCAGGCACUACAUUUGUUUAAUCACUCUGAUGAAUGAAAUGACGUUCAGUUUUGUUUACUUAAUACUUAAGCCAGAAUGACUAGCAGGGCAUAUAGUUCAUUUGUUUUCAUCAUUUUUUGACCUUCUUGGAACGUUUUUGGUUUGGUGUUGGAAAUCACUGACCACUGAACUCCAGUUUAGAGCUGUUCAAAUUUGAUUAUUAUGUAAAACUUGGAUUAACAGAAUAAACUAGAGUCUCAUCUGGAGCCACUUCAGCUGGCUUUUGGAUCCUCAAAAGAAUAUGCAAGUCUAUUAGGUAUUA